AUGGUGUCCGCCUACAACCGCUCGUUUCACAGGAGCAUAAAGAGAACACCUACGUCAGUCAGCCCUGCAAACUCCGAAGAGGUAUGGCAUACUCUGUACGGUAUCCCAGAUAGCAAAGAUUCCAUCGUCACCUCCUUCAAAUUUAACCUUGGGGAUACGGUUCGCAUAAGUAUGGCAGCGAGAACUUUCAGUAAGGGUUACCUCCCCAACUGGACCACCGAACUUUUUACCGUCAGCAAUAGAACUCCACGGAAUCCGCCGGUGUACAAAUUGACAGAUUACAAUGGCGAAGAAUUGAAGGGUACAUUUUACAAACAAGAACUACAAAGAGUCGACAAGAAUGACGAAAUGUAUGAAGUAGAGAAAGUGUUACGCACUAGAAAACGACGUGGUGCGCUGGAAUACUUUGUAAAGUGGCUGGGAUAUCCAGACAAGUUCAACAGCUGGGUGAAAGGGCUAGUGGGUAUAUAG